AUGGAGCAGCCCGGGGCGGCGGCGGCGGCGGUGGCGGGAGGCGGCAGCGAGGAGCCCGGCGGGGGCCGGAGCAACAAGCGGAGCGCGGGGAACCGGGCCGCCAACGAAGAGGAAACGAAAAACAAACCCAAAUUGAACAUUCAAAUAAAAACUUUGGCAGAUGAUGUGCGUGACCGAAUUACAAGUUUUAGAAAGUCUACUGUCAAAAAAGAAAAACAUCUUAUUCAACAUCCUAUUGAUUCCCUAGUUGCGAUGAGUGAAUUUCCAGCACCUCAGCCAUUAUACGAUGAACGGUCUUCGAAUUUGUCAGAAAAGGAAGUACUGGAUCUCUUUGAAAAAAUGAUGGAAGACAUGAACCUUAAUGAAGAACGAAAAGCUCCCUUACGAAACAAAGAUUUUACCACCAAACACGAGAUGGUUGUCCAGUAUAUUUCUGCCACAGCCAAAUCUGGAGGGCUGAAAAACAGCAAACAUGAAUGCACCCUGUCUUCGCAAGAAUAUGUUCAUGAAUUACGAUCUGGUAUUUCAGAUGAGAAACUUCUUAACUGCCUAGAAUCUCUGAGGGUUUCUUUAACCAGCAAUCCUGUCAGCUGGGUUAACAACUUUGGCCAUGAAGGUCUUGGACUCUUAUUGGAUGUGCUGGAAAAACUUCUGGACAAGAAACAGCAAGAAAAUAUCGACAAGAAGAAUCAGUAUAAACUUAUUCAGUGCCUCAAAGCAUUUAUGAAUAAUAAGUUUGGAUUGGAAAGGAUUCUAGGAGAUGAAAGAAGUCUUUUACUAUUGGCAAGAGCAAUUGACCCCAAACAACCCAACAUGAUGACUGAAAUAGUAAAAAUUCUUUCUGCUAUUUGCAUCGUUGGCGAAGAAAACAUACUAGAGAAACUUUUAGGGGCUAUAACUGCAGCAGCAGAAAGAAAUAACAGAGAACGAUUUUCACCAAUUGUGGAAGGAUUAGAAAAUGAUGAAGCUUUGCAAUUACAGGUGGCCUGCAUGCAGUUUAUAAAUGCCCUUGUCACUUCUCCUUAUGAGCUUGAUUUUCGAAUACAUUUAAGGAAUGAAUUCCUCCGUUCAGGACUAAAGACAAUGUUACCAGAUCUAAAAGAAAAAGAGAAUGAUGAGCUUGAUAUUCAGUUGAGAGUAUUCGAUGAGAACAAAGAGGACGACCUGACUGAGUUAUCACAUCGUCUCAACGACAUUCGAGCAGAAAUGGAUGAUAUGAAUGAAGUAUACCAUCUUCUGUAUAAUAUGUUGAAGGACACAGCUGCUGAAAAUUACUUAUUAUCCAUUCUACAACAUUUUUUGCUCAUCAGAAAUGAUUAUUAUAUCAGGCCACAGUAUUACAAAAUAAUUGAGGAGUGUGUUUCCCAGAUAGUGCUGCACUGCAGUGGCAUGGACCCAGAUUUCAAGUACAGACAAAGAUUAGACAUCGAUUUAACUCAUCUGAUAGACUCUUGUGUGAACAAGGCAAAAGUUGAAGAAAGUGAACAAAAAGCUGUGGAAUUUUCAAAGAAGUUCGAUGAAGAAUUCACAGCUCGACAGGAAGCUCAAGCUGAGCUUCAGAAAAGAGAAGAAAAAAUCAAAGAGCUCGAAACCGAAAUCCAGCAGCUUCGAACCCAGGGUCAUGGCCUCUCAGGUGCGGAAGGAAUUCCAGGCCCUCCACCACCGCCACCUCCUCCCCCUCCUCCGCCUCCUUUACCCGGAGUGGCGGGUGGUAUACCACCACCACCACCACCACCACCACCGCCUUUGUUUGGGGGACCUCCUCCCCCACCUCCCCUCGGAGGACUUCCUCCUCCCCCAGGAGCACCAAUUGAACUGCCUUAUGGAAUGAAGCAGAAAAAAGUAUAUAAACCCGAGGUGUCCAUGAAGAGAAUCAACUGGUCAAAGAUUGAACCCAGAGAAUUAUUGGAGAAUUGUUUCUGGUUAAAGGUUAAGGAGGAGAAGUUUGAAAAUCCAGAUCUCUUUGCAAAAUUGGCACUGAAUUUUGCUACCCAGAUAAAAGCUCAAAAGAAUGCAGACACUUUAGAGGCGAAGAAGUCCCAGCCCACAAAGAAGAAAGUGAAAGAGUUGAGAGUUUUGGAUCCCAAAACGGCCCAGAAUCUGUCUAUCUUCCUAGGAUCAUAUCGUAUGCCAUAUGAAGAUAUCAAAAACAGUAUUUUGGAGGUCAAUGAAGACAUGUUGAGUGAGGCCUUAAUUCAGAAUCUUGUGAAGCAUCUUCCAGAGCAGAAGGUGCUCAGUGAAUUAGCACAGCUGAAGAACGAGUAUGAUGACCUUUGUGAGCCUGAACAAUUUGGAGUUGUGAUAAGCUCAGUGAAGAUGUUACGGCCCCGUCUCAACAGCAUUCUUUUCAAGCUUACUUUUGAAGAACAUGUAAACAACAUCAGACCAAGCAUCAUAGCAGUAACUCUGGCUUGUGAAGAACUGAAGAAAAGCGAGAGCUUUAACAGACUCCUAGAGUUAGUUCUUUUGGUUGGCAACUACAUGAACUCGGGCUCAAGAAAUGCCCAGUCUUUGGGUUUUAGGAUCAACUUCCUUUGUAAGAUCAGAGAUACUAAAUCAACAGAUCAAAAAACAACCCUCUUGCAUUUUAUUGCGGAAAUAUGUGAGGAGAAAUACCGAGAUAUCCUGAAAUUCCCGGAAGAACUGGAACAUAUAGAAAGUGCAAGCAAAGUUUCAGCUCAAAUUCUCAAGAGCAAUCUUGCAGCGAUGGAACAGCAAAUUCUUCAUCUGGAACGUGACAUCGAGAAAUUUCCCCAAAUGGAAAAUCAACACGAUAAGUUCGUGGAAAAGAUGACGAGCUUCACAAAGAGUGCCAGAGAGCAGUAUGACAAGCUGUCCACCAUGCACAGCAACAUGGUGAAGCUCUAUGACACUCUUGGAGACUACUUCAUUUUUGACUCGAAGACAGUGAGCAUCGAGGAGUUUUUCGGCGAUCUCAACAACUUCCGAACGUUGUUUCUGGAAGCAGUAAAAGAAAACAACAAGAGAAAAGAAAUGGAAGAGAAGACUAGGAGGGCGAAGCUUGCGAAAGAGAAAGCCGAACAAGAAAAGUUGGAACGCCAGAAGAAAAAGAAACAGCUCAUUAAUAUAAACAGAGAGGGUGAUGAGACUGGCGUGAUGGAUAAUCUGCUGGAGGCCCUGCAGUCAGGGGCCGCGUUCCGAGACCGCAGAAAGCGCAUCCCCAGGAAUCCAGAUAACAGACGAGCACCUUUGGAAAGGUCACGCUCUCGCCACAAUGGAGCUGUCUCAUCUAAGUGAUUCCUGAUGCCAAAGAAGAUCAAAAUCUUUAAAUAAACAAAAUCAUUCAUUUUGCGAAGAACAACACAUGCACUCAAGGGAUGGAGGGGAAAAUCAGCGCAUUUCUGCAAAGAUCAAGCUAAGCCGGAUAAAGCAGCCUGCAUUUGUAAAGCUAUUGCCAAACUCCUCCCACAGCUGUACUAGUAUGAACACAACGAUCGGGGUUAUAAAUGUGUGUUCCGUUGUAGUGCAGAGAUGUGUGUUAUCUGUUCUUGUGUGUGACCUGAUGGUGGUGGUGGAAAGUGUAAGAGAUCUCAGGCUUUUCAAAAACAUUCAGGCUGUCAAAAGUUUACAAUGUUACUCA